CUUGGGGCGUUUAGGAAGGCUCGCAAGGAGAAUCCCGGGAGCCACUUUGCGGAAGCUUGACGGAUUUUCGAGAGAGGGGAUUUGUGGGUUUUAUCUCCGAUGGAUUCUCCCGUAUGAAAACUCUAUGUUUGCACAUUGACGAACACGCUUGUGCAGUUUUGGACUUAGAUCUGGACUUAAGAAACUUGAAUAACUGUCUCUUUGUACUUUUUUUGGUUGGAAUACUGUCUACGAGAGAGAAUUACAAACCUUCCAAGAAUAUGGAGAUACGGGAGAAAUCUGGUUUGGAGAAGAGAGUAUGAAUCGACUAAUAAGGUGGAUGCAGAAGCACAAGAUCCCUUUGGAUGCUUCAGUGCUUGAUAUUGGAACUGGAAACGGUGUUUUCCUGGUUGAACUUGCAAAAUUUGGCUUCUCUGAUAUUACGGGAAUUGAUUAUUCUCCUUCUGCAAUUCAGCUUUCUGGAAGCAUUAUAGAGAAAGAAGGGUUAUCAAACAUUAAAUUGAAGGUAGAAGACUUUUUGAAUCUUUCUACAGAGCUGUCUGGAUUUCAUAUUUGUAUUGACAAAGGGACUUUUGAUGCUGUGAGUCUUAAUCCUGAUAGUGCAAUUGAGAAGAGGAAACAAUAUGUGAAAUCCCUCUCCAUGGUGUUGAAAGUAAAAGGCUUUUUCCUAAUAACCUCGUGUAAUUGGACCAAGGAAGAGUUGCUAAAGGAAUUCAGUGAAGGAUUUGAACUUUUUGAAGAGCUGUCAACACCGACAUUCAGCUUUGGAGGCAAAUCUGGAAACAGUGUAGCAGCGUUGGUUUUCCAGAAAAAGUGAAACUCUUCUUGGACAAAUUCAGGUAGCUUUUUAAAAGAAGCUACACGGCAACAUAAACCUGAUGCAGAAAGUACAGAUGCAAAUAAAAUGCUUAGUGAGUACACAGGGUACACUUAGUGACUCAUUAUGCUGGGAUGGUGAAGAAAAAUCAUGAGUAUGCAAGUGGUUGCUCUUAAGAGAUUGAUGAAGAAUAAUUUUGUUUGCAUUUAUACUUUGAAAUGUAAAUAUUUUUCCUUUUUCCUUUGUUCCCCUUAAAACAGUUUUCUGUAGUUACUAAA